CAACAGAUACGAACACCGGAGACACCCGUAUCAUCAUCGAUUUCCCAGACCGCCCAACACACAGAGCCACCCAACCCAAUCGCCAUAUACAAAGCUUAAGCUUAGCUUCUAGGGACAUGAAAGUAAUUAACCACUCCAGAAUCUAGUUUCACCAAGAACAUGCAUGGAUUUCUGGCUCUUCUGCCACAACCCCACACCCUCUAUUUCUUCAACCUCUCUUCUUCAAGAUCCCUUCUCUACCUCCAAAUCAGACCCAAAUCCUCCGCACCCAAUUUGGGUUACCCUUCAAAAACCAACCUGAAUCUCGUCGUCUUGUCUUCCCACUCUUCGAGUUUCUCAAGUUUCAGUAGCAAACGACGACGCUUUGUUACGAGAGCGAGCCGCAGGGAGUCUCCUUACGAAGUUCUGGGAGUGUCUCCUUCUGCUACUGAUGUGGAGAUCAAGAAGGCCUAUCGCAAACUUGCUCUUAAGUAUCACCCAGAUGUUAAUAAAGAGGCAAAUGCGCAGGAGAAAUUUAUGAGGAUUAAACAUGCGUAUAGUACAUUGCUGAGUUCAAAAUCUCGGGGGAAAUAUGACUCUAGUUAUGGAUCUGACUAUUCCUAUUCUGGAUCUCAAAGAAGCCAAAGGAAGAAGGCUCCAGAGGAAGAAGAGUUUUAUGGAUUCGGUAAUUUUGUGAGGGAUGUUCAAAUUACAAUAGAGGACUUCUUUAGAGAUAUUCAAGCAGAAUUCCAGAACUGGGAAGAAAGUGCUUCUAAACAAGGAAAGCCAAGGAGUCUGUGGGAGGAACUGUCGGAAAUUGGAGAAGAAUUUGUGGAAUUUCUCGAGAAAGAACUCAACAUAACGGAUCCGGAGGUUGAACCAAAUAACAUCAAUGAAGGGCCUGAGAAGGGCAAUCCGUCCAGAAAUUCUGGGACAGAGAGAAUGGGAAGUGCAAGUAAAAAGGAAUCCACCCCGGGGGCUAGUAUUGAAGAGAAUAUUGAUGAGAUAGAAGCUACUCUUGCUCAGUUGAAAAAGGAAUUGGGAUUGUAGCACAGAAAAGCAGCUUUUCAAUUCUUUAGGAAACGUUUUGAUAAGAUGGAGGGGAAGAAAAUAGGAUAAGAAAAGGCAGAGGUAGAGGAUUGAUCUAAUACUUUCAAUCUUGGACAAAUGAUAGAAGGUUCUCAAGUCAAAAGAAAAAAUUAUUUCAGUAUUCUUCAAUUUCAUAUCAGGGCACCAUGUAGAGUAAGAUUACAGUGUUUUGCUUCCAAGAGUGUUUAGGCUUGUAUUGAAGCAUAUGGUUAUGAUUUCUCUUGUAUUCAGAUGUGGAUAUAUGAAAAUCAAGUGCUGUUCUAAGGAUUGUUACGCUGAAGCUUGGUCCUCGAUAUACUUGUAUCAGUUGUCUGUAUCCUCGACAGUCCCCAUGCUUCUAUGUCAUUAAAUUACAUUUUUUCUUACUUGGUAUUGUUCCUUCCAAGUACCAAAGUUUUGUUGCGUUUUGGUUGUGAUCAUUGGGUGGACAGUGUUAUGGUCGAGUGCAGUAGGAACGUGUUCUUGUUUUUUCAACUACUGUGCCCAGAUGAUCCUGCAACUUACAUACUGCUAUCAGAUGUGUUGUUGACAAGAGGCUAGAGGCUAGUGGGAUAAUACUGCAGGAUUAUGGAGCUCAUGUGUAUUUGUUAUAGUUGGAUUUGAUCAACAAAGGCGAUAUGUUUUCUUUAACUCUCUUUUUAGAGCCAGAGGUAUGAUGUGACCUGCAAGAAGCUCUGUGUUGCUUGGACCAGGGAAGGGAUACUACUUUUUCACAAACAAUAUCUGACCCAGGAUUUUCAUUUUUUCCCAAUUAGGAGGAUCCCAAAAGACGCAAAUCCAUUUGUGAUGGAAUGCAACGUGUGUUUGAUGUUUCUUUUACAAUCAGAAGUGUUCCCAAG